CCAUCACCUCCCGCUAUCAGAUCCCCCCUCUCAAGCCUCGCCAAUGUCUCCAUGCUCUUGCCCACCAUGCCCCGUCGCAGCAUAUAAGCAGACCGGUGAGGCAGCCGGCGAAGGCGCCUGAGGCGGUGCGUCCAGGGGCGGGCGCAGAGGCCCAGGAAGAUGACGCCGAAGAGGGAGAAAAGAAUGAGGAUCGCUAUCAACGGAGCCAUUGCAGUGUGGUUUCGGUGUGCGGUUGUGGUGGGGAUGGGGUUGGGUGCGCAUGCGUAUGCGUGUGCGGAGGUGUAUGGUUGGAGGGGACUGAUGAUGAGAGGAAUCGAUAGUGGAGAGAGGAAGGUGCGAGUCUGGCCAGUCAGCCAACCACCUCGCCGAAAGGAAAGCCGUGUAGAUAGGUUGGACUCACUGCCAAUUCGACCGCUACCACGCACAUCCCCGCUCACCCACACUCUCUUUUUCCGUCCUUCCACUUUUACUCCACUUACCCCAUGGCCCCUUUUCUCUCCACCACCUCUUCCAUACCUCUUUGUUUCCCCCACGCUUACUCCACCGCCCUCUCACUCUUCUCACUGCCCUCUUCGCGCCAUUCCUUGCGCGUUUGACCGUGUAGCGCGUAACGGUCAGGACCAAAACCGUUGGUAUCACAAUCGCGAGGACGAUGGUGGCGGCUUCGGCGAUGGGGACGCUCAUUUUUGGCUGAUUGUUUCUUUAAGGAUGAGUUGAGAAGAGGAGAUUGGGAGAUGGAGGUAGUUCGAGCAAUGUGUUGCUGAAACUUGAGAGGGGAUGGUGAUGGAGUUGUGUGCUUGAAUGCAUUGGAAGGCUGAGGUGCGUGGAAAGUAAAACGGUAGUUGCGGUGAUGGGGUGUUUUUUUUUUUUUUUUUUUUUUUUUUUU